UUCCGGCGUCCUCCUCCAGGCAGCCAUUUUUAUUGCUUUCGUGUGUUUUCUGGCUCCGGGGCUCUGUACCGGCACCGGGUUUCGGGACCGAGGAGUCUGAGUGGCGGCGCAGUCUCCGCUCCUCAGAGGCGGGCCUCAGGCUCGGUGACGCCGCCUGGAGGACCCCGCGUCAGGCCGGUACCCGUGCCCCCCUCCGCUCCCGCCGCUCCGUUCACAGAGUCAGAUGGCGGCGGCCGCCCUGAGGGACAAGCCUCAGGUAAACGCUGGUCCUCCGGGCCCUCACCGCCCUCACCCCGCCAGACCCUAUAGCCCCGAGUGCGGGGCGUCUUCUCACGUGCCUGACGUCCAGGCUCCGGUGUCCGGGACGGCGAGGCGGUCGUGGCAGUGUAGUAUGACCUUUGAGGACAUUGCCGUGUACUUCUCUUGGGAAGAAUGGAGGCUCCUUGAUGAGACUCAGAGACGCCUGUACCUCGAUGUGAUGCUGGACAACUAUGCCCUUAUAUCCUCCCUGGGUUGCUGCUGUGGAGCAGAGGGUUCAGAGGCAUCUUUUGAACAGAUUGAUUCUUUAGGAGCGUCAGAGGCCACGACACCCAAGGCAGCUUUGUCUUCCCAGAAGACCCACCCCUGUGGGCUGUGUGGUCCAGUCUUGAGAGACAUUUUCCACUUGGCUGAGUCCCAGGAGGCAGAACACCACCAAAAACUGUUGAGGUGUGGAGCAUGUGCAAAACGAUUUUAUUUUGAUGCAAGUUUUGAACAGCACCAGGAGCAGCACAUGGGAAAGGAAACCCUCAGAAACAGUGUGGAAAAGGCCUCAUUUGUGAAGAGCAGCAGAUUCCAUGUGUCACAAAAGCCAUUUAUCUCUGGGGAGUUUGAAAAGGACUUCCCGAUCAUCAUGGGACAUCUGCAGCAACAGGCCAUCCAUGCUGUGGAGAAGCCAAACAUAGUCACCCAGUGCGCAUCAAGUUUACAAAGCAGGAAGAGUCAUCACACCUGGGAAGGGUGCAAGAAAGCCCUCAGCCCUGAACACAGACUUGUUCAGGACCAAGGUGUCCACACUGGAAGACAGUGUUUUGUGUGCAGUGAAUGUGGGAAAACAUUCAGAUACAAAUCCUCAUUUGUUGUUCACCAGAGAGUCCACACUGGAAAAAAGCUUCAUGUGUGUGGUGAAUGUGGAAAAUCCUUUAGGCGAAGCUCAACCCUCAGUCAACAUCAAAGAAUUCAUACUGGGACAAGGAAGUACAAGUGCAGCAAAUGUGGGAAAUCCUUAAGUCACAAAUCUGUCAUCAUUUCUUCCCACACGUGGCGCAAAGGAGAAAACAGUUACAUGUGCAGUGAAUGUUCAGAAUCUUUUAGCUAUAGCCCACUGUUCAUUCCACAUAGAAGAGUUCAAACUGGAGAAAGGCCUUAUAAGUGUAGUGACUGUGUGAAAUCUUUUACUUCUUUGUCUGCACUUGGUUAUCAUCAGAGAUCUCACACAGGAGAACGACCUUAUGCAUGCAGUGAUUGUGGAAAAUCUUUUAUCUCUAGCUCUGACCUUCGUUAUCAUCAGAGAGUUCAUUCUGGAGAAAGGCCUCAUGAGUGCAGUGAAUGUGGGAAAUCUUUUAUUACUCGUACUGCUCUUCGUUAUCAUCACAGAGUUCACACUGGAGAAAGGCCUUAUGAGUGUAGUGAAUGUGGGAAGUCUUUUACCCGAAAAAAUAACCUAAUUAUACACCUAAGAGUACACUCUGGAGAAAGGCCUUAUGAGUGUAAUGAAUGUGGAAAAUCUUUUACCUUUAGCUCCAGCCUUCGUUAUCAUCACAGAGUUCACAGUGGAGAAAGACCUUAUGAGUGCACUGAGUGUGGGAAAUCUUUUAACAAUAGGUGGACUCUCAUUCGACACCGGAGAAUUCACACAGGAGAAAAGCCUUAUGUGUGCAAUAAGUGCGGGAAGUCUUUUUCCUGUAGCUCCACCCUCCAAUAUCAUGAGCGAGGUCACCUUGGAGAAAGGCCUUACGGGUGCAGUGAAUGUGGGAGAUCUUUUACCACUAGCUCUGCCCUCCGUUAUCAUCAGAGGAUUCACACAGGAGAAAGGCCUUAUGAGUGCAGUGAGUGUGAGAAAUCUUUUAUCUCUAGGUCUGACCUUCAUUAUCAUCAGAGAGUUCAUUCUGGAGAAAGGCCUUUUGAGUGUAGCGAAUGUGGGAAAUCCUUUAUCCGAAGAAAUAAUCUCAUUAUACACCAGAGAGUUCACACAGGAGAAAGGCCUUACCAGUGUAGUGAGUGUGGGAAGUCUUUUAAUAAUAGGUGUACACUUAUUCAACACCAGAGAGUUCACACAGGAGAAAAGCCUUAUGUGUGCAGUGAAUGUGGGAAAUCUUUUACCUCUAGCUCCACCCUCUGUUAUCAUCAGAGAGUUCAUGCAGGGAAAAGGCCUUAUGAAUGCAGUGAAUGUGGGAAAUCUUUUACCUCUAGCUCCACCCUCCGUUAUCAUCAAAGAGUUCAUACAGGAGAAAGGCCUUAUGAAUGCAGUGAAUGUGGGAAGUCUUUUACUUUUAGUGCCAGCCUCCGUUAUCAUCACAGAGUUCACACAGGAGAAAGGCCUUAUGAGUGCAGUGAAUGUGGGAAGUCCUUUAAGGACAGAUCACAAUUCAAUAAACACCGGAGAGCUCACACUGGAGAAAGACCUUAUGAGUGUAGUGAAUGUGGGAAAUCUUUCAGCCAAAAAUCUUCCCUCUCAACACACCAGAGAAUUCAUAAUAAAGAACGAUCUUAUGAGUGUAGUGCAUGUGGCAAGUCUUUUACCUCUAUCUCUGGCCUUGGGUAUCAUCAGAGAGUUCACAGGGGAGAAAAGCCUUAUCAGUGCAGUGAAUGUGGGAAAUCUUUUACCAAUAGCUCUAUACUGAUUCGACACCACAGAGUUCACACAGGAGAAAGACCUUACGUGUGCAGUGAAUGUGGGAAAUCUUUUACUAGUAGUGCCACUCUCUCUUACCAUCAGAGAGUUCAUGCAGGGAAAAGGCCUUAUGAAUGCAGCAAAUGUGGGAAAUCGUUUACCUCUAGUUCCACCCUUCGUUAUCAUCAGAGAGUUCAUGCAGGAGAUAGGCCUUAUGAGUGCAGAGAGUGUGGGAAAUCUUUUAUCUCUAGCUCCAAGCUUCGUUACCAUCAGAGAGUUCACACAGGAGAAAGGCCUUAUGUGUGCAGUGAAUGUGGGAAAUCCUUUAGGGAUAGUUCCCAAUUUAGUCAGCAUCGGAGAGGUCACACUGGAGAAAAGCCUUAUGAGUGUAGAGAAUGUGGGAAACUUUUUAUGCGAAAAUCUACUCUUUCUCAACAUCAGCGAGUUCAUGAUAGAGAAGUGCCUUAGAUAGAGGUUUUCUCAUUCAAUAUAAGAGUAUCAAAGGAAACUGAGCCACCAUCUGUCUAAAUUGACUUGGAUAUCUCAACACAGUGGGGAGAUUCCCCAUAAGUUUGUUAUGUGGGAAGCAUGUAUGACUCUUGCACUUUCUAACCUGUCCAAGGCUGUUCCCAGAUUUACGUCACUGCCAUCUCUGUGCUCAGGACCAUUUCACCUCUACCACCUGCCAUCUCUGCAAUCAAGACCAUUUCACCUCUACCACCUCAGGACCAUUUCACCUCUACCACCUGCCAUCUCUGCAAUCAAGACCAUUUCACCUCUACCACCUGGCAGCUCCACACAGUGCGUUAAGUCACCAGCUCAGUGCAUUCAGGGAGCUGACUUCUGUUUUCCCAUGAAUUGGCCAAUUUAGGAGUAACCUGAGCCCUUAUGGGGGGCAGCUUUCACUCCUUUUACUGUGAACCUGAGUUGGUGUUGGCCCAGAGUAACAGAUUCUCAGCUGGCAGCUUGCAGAGUACAACUGCCUUUUUCAGGGAUGUGUUGGUCUCACAUGAUACAGUAGUAAGUUUUUCCAGCUUCCAAAUUGUGAGCCAGAGAACUGCCUGAUGCUGAUUGCUUUGGCUUGUACUAUAAGGCUGUGCAAGCAUUUAAGUCCUUUCUCAUCUUGGAUGUUCUAUUUACUGUCGGGUGGUUUAUAAACAGAUUUGUGCUAUACAAGUGUAAAGGGGAUAACAGUUUUUAGGGGUCUCAGAAUUGUGUCUGAGGAGGGACAGUAUGAUGGCAGACAGUAACUUGCCAGGUUUGACCAAAUUUGCAUUGCUGCCCACAGCCUCCUAGGAAAGACUGCAGGGAUACUUGUAUUUCAUUUGAGACCUUGGAGUCUCACAGAUGACCCCUGAGAAGCAGGCAACUGUAACAAUCUCAAAAUGUUUUUGAGAGCAGUGCAAGUUGUUCCCCUUACUCAAAGGAGAGAUCACAGGUAUGCCAGCAUGGUGAGGGAUAUCUUUCCCAGGUCUACAGAGACCUAUAUUCCUUCAUGGCCACAAAUUACUGGGCUAAUGUCACUGUAAGACCAUUGGGUCCAGGGGAAACCACAAUUGGUACAGAAACACUGGUUUAAUAGCAGAAGAACCUGCAGCCAACAAGAUGGCAAUGUGCUGCUUCUAAAAGUGCAUCCACAAAUGUCUGUAAAAAUGUGGAGGAUCAGUUUGUGCACAAAUCUCAGCCACUCCAGGCAUAUAUAUCUUGUGUAACUGAAGUCAUCCGAGAAAAUAAAAAUAAUUGAAAAGUUGUGUGUAUUCCUUUAGCCUCUAUAAUGUCCAUCUCAAGUCCAGGCAGGAAGAAUGACAGAAGGGGAUUUGGGAGUUGCCUUUGUGGCUCAGCAACAGGUUAAGGAUCCAUUGUUGUCACUGCUGUGGUGAAGGUUUGAUCGCUGGCUUGGGAUCUUCCAUGUGCUGUGAGUACAGCCAAAAAAGGGUGGGCGGUGAUCUGUAGUCCAUGGAUGUGGCUGUUGUAACCCAGACAGCAUUCCUGUUUCUUCCAGAUGGAAAUGCGCUUUUUGCAUCCCAUAUUUGCUGCCACUGAGGCAUGGCUGCUGUCUGCCCGCCAUCCAAGGACUUAAGGGGAGAGAUUAUGGAAUCAGUAAAGGGUUGCCCAGCCUAUUUUUUUGAAAAGACUGGGACAUACCUAUCUUUAAGUCUUGAACAGUCUUUUAUUUAUUUAUUUUUUAUUUAUUAUUAGGGCAUCACCUGUGGCAUGUGGAAUUUCCCAGGGGUCGAAUCGGAGCUACAGUUGCCAGCCUAAAUACCACAGCCGUGGUAAUGAGGGAUCUGAGCAACGUCUGUGACCUACACCACAGCUCAUGGCAACAACACUGGGUCCUUAACCUACCCAGUGAGGCCAGAGAUUGAACCUUCAUGCUCAUGGAUAUUAACCAGAUUUGUUUCUGCCACGCCAAGAUGGGAAUCCCCUUGAGCUCUUUUUUUUUUUUUUUUUUUUUUUUAACAGCUUUACUAAGGUAAAAUUUCCAUGCACUAAACCGAAUAUAUUUAAAGUGUACAAUUUGAUAGGUUUUCACAUAGGUGUGAACCUCUGAGACCAUCAUCAUAGUCCUAAUAGUGGCCAUAUCUGUCAUGGUAUAUUUACCUCAUUCCUAUUAUAAACUCCAUGCCUUUUGGACUUCUCCAAGUAACCAGUGAUUUACUUAAAAUAGAUACCUUGCAUUUUCUUGAAUUUAUGUGAUUAGAAUCAUAUGCUAUUUACUGUACUUUUUUGUUUUCCUUUGUGUAUCAUAAUUACCUUGAGAUCCAUCGGUAAUAUAUACAGAGUGGUGGUUUUUUGUUUUUUUGGCUAAUAUUUUUCGAUAUGCCAGUUUAUCCAUUUCCUUUAUGGGUAUUUGGCUUGUUUCUAGAUUUUUGACUACUGAAAAUAAAGCUUAUAUGAAUA